UACUUUGGGUGAUCAAGUUGACAAAACAGAGAGACAAUAUCUCAGUUGCAUUUGUUCUAUAUGCUGACACCAGCAAGGCGCGGUUUGUGUCUCUCGCUCUCGUCACCCACAAGACAACCUCUUUUGAUUAUGUCCACUAAUGCUACCGUGUCACAUGCUCGUUGGUCUACGCCAAAAGUCAGCUAUGGAGAGGGAGGAGAGAGAGAGCAGAUAAAGGCCGGCGGUGGAGGUGACAGAGAUCAUUCAGAGACGAGCAGCAAGUGGACAGCCACUGCUGGUGCUACAUACGGCUUCUUCUCCCUGUCUCUGCACUCACUGCAAACCGCUGAUCCUGGGUAUAUAAAAUUCACCUUCUCAGCCUUUUGUACAGAUCAACUGAUCAACAGAAUCAUCCGGCUCCGAGUGGCGAGCUCCACCAAACGGCCUCCUCAUUCUCAACUCUGAAGCGGCACCUACCUCUUCACUGCAGUGCUUCCCUCCUUUUCUUGCAGUCCCUCCUCUCCUCUCCUCCUCCCUCCCUCUCCCUCUGUCUCUGGGCUAGCAGAGCAGAGUGCCAGUGAGUGCGCAGUGCAUGUUCGCCAUGUCAAGCGCCGGCUGCAAGGCGGAGCCUGGAUUGUUGGCGAAGCAGGGGAGCAAGCUCCACGCCAAGAUGCUCUCCAAGGAGGCGGCGGCGCAGCUCGCCGUGCCGUCGUUCCGGGUGUACUACUCCAUGGCGUCGGCCGGCGCGGUGCCGUUCCUGUGGGAGUCGCAGCCGGGCACGCCCAAGAACGACUCGCCCUCCGCGGCCGUGCUUCCGCCGCUCACCCCGCCGCCGUCCUACUAUGCCGCAGGCAGGGGAAGCGCCGGCGGCCGCUCCAGGAACCGUCGGCAUGGCGGCCUCCUUGGCGUCGUGCUCCCCCGCAUCACCCUCCUCCGGAGGCCCGGCGGCAGCCAGGCGACGCCGCCGUGCUCCUCCUCCUCCUCCUCCUGGUCUUCCUCGAGUUCCAACACGUCGUCCACCAUGUCGCCCGUGUUCACCGUACAGUCGUCGCCCGCCGUGCACGUGGGGGCUUCCUGCCGCCACCACAGGCCUGCGUUCUCGGCCGGCGGCGCCGACGACGUCGCGGAGGCCACGCCGCGGUGCUUCUGGACCGAGCGUGAGUGCUGCGAGAGGCGGGUGGUCAGGGGGUGUGGCGUCGCGGUGGCCGUCAGGAACGCGCUUGCCACGGUCGUCGGCGGCAAGACCAGCAGGCGAGCUGCCACCAGCGCCGCAGUAUAGAAUAGAGAGGCUUUGUUUCAUAUUAAUAUGGCUAAAGCCCAGGGUGUGGUUUGCAUAUUGCGGCAUCAUGUGUACUGUAAUCUAUGUGCUUUGUGCUAAAUCUUGACGUGCAAUGCCAAAAAAUUAAUCGUGCAUGAUA